AUGUUCAGCAUUUCAUAUCAAGAUUUAGUUCAAUGGGAAGGCUAUGAUAUGAUCAAAUAUAACGAUGGAAGAUCUAAAUUCUUGGUAACGCCUGAGUACUAGCUAUAAGAUUACUGCGAUGUAUAAAGUAAAUGUGGUUAAAAUUAAACCUGCCUCAAUCUAUUUAAUAAUAAUAUAGCUGCUUAAUAUGGAACUUCUCAGAUUGAAUAUAAUGUACUUUAGAUAAAGUCAUGGUCUAAUGCCUACUAAGACAAAUGGGAACUUCUUAAUAAUAACACAAAAUAAUAUAUCAUACAAACUAUAUUUUCAAGUUAUGUAUAUCAAACUUUUGCUGUCAACUUAGCUGCUUCAGGAAAUAAAGUAUUUUCAGCUUAUCAGAUGAGGUAAUCAGAUGGCACCGGAUUAAUUUUUUAUCUGAACAAUAGAUUAAUUAAUUCUGCUAUAAGUAAAUAAAAAUAUGGUGGUCCAUUUAAUUGCACUAAAAUAAACGGGGCUUAUAAUCAAUAUAAGUUCACUGAUGUUAGUCAAUUUGAUGGGUUUUAAUAUAUAGAUUAAUCACUAAACCCUUGUCUUAAGGAUAAUAACUAAACAAACUAAUGUUCAUGUCCUUAUUUUAAUACAAAAAGAUUAAUUCCUACUGAAUGGAGAUGUAGACCUUGGUAUUUAGGUGGAAGUUCUUCAAGUUAUAUAGUAUUUAAUGAACCACAACUAAACCUAAAGUUGAAUUAGCAAACAUCUAUUAUAACUUUUAAGAUUGUUGGAAAUACAAAUGAAUAAGAUCCUAUAAAAAAUGAAGCUAAUAUGUAACCGGAUGCGAUUUUAGGAGUUGAAAUAGAUGUAAACAACAUCUAAAUUGAUAAAUCUGGUACUUUUGAUGAAGAAUAUCUCUACUUGGUAGCUCCCAAGAGAUUUAAUUAUGACCAAGGUAAAGGGUAUUACCAAUACACUGCGAUUUUACAUCCAGAUCUAAAAUUAAAUUAAAAAUCGAACAUCACUACUUUAGAAUUUAAUAAUUCUAUAAAUAGAGAUGAAGAAAUUAGCUAAUAUUUAAAUAAAACAUCUUUUUUAGUCUAAGAUCAGCUUAUUUAUGAAGGCUGUAGAAGUGUAGUAAAUUUAUCAGAACAAAUACAAAUCAAUUAUAUGAAAAAUUAAAGCGAACUUGCUAGUAUCUUUACACCAAUAAAAGUUUGUUAUGGAAAUAUGUAUAAUUAAUAGUAAUAGAUCAUAGGAUAUUUAUCUAAGAGUCUCAAAUUAGAUAUCAUUUCAAAGUAAGUUGAAGAAUAAGUAAAAGAGAUAAGGUUAAUGCUUAUAAGAUUCGUAGUUAUAAUAUUCUCAGUUUUUAAUUUUCUUGUAAUUAUAAUGUUCCUUAUUUUUAGAUUAACGAUUAUAAGUAAUUUUGAAGUGCCAGUAAAAAUUCUUUCUUAGUUCAUAAACGAAGCUGACUCUUAAUGUAUUUACAUUUUUAAUUAAAUGGUUAAAAAUGGAAAAUUAAAGACUUAGUACGAACUUAAAAACUUAAUUGACGCCAUUAGCAACGCAGUUAUAGGAAUUUAAUUUAAAAUAGAAAAUUAUUUUAAAUUUGAAGAAUCUGAAACUUAAUUUUCUGAACUUUUGAGUAAUUUAUAACAAGGUAUUGAAACUUUUUAAGCUCUUCAAAAUAAAUAAGGAGUAGGAAUGUGUUUUGAUCUUGUCACAUGUCAUACUCCAAAAACUAGAAAAUAAUCAUUAUCAUUUAAUAAAUCAACUAUUAAUAAAAAUCAGGAAAAGUUACCUGAGUAUUAAGAAUACAAAACUAAAAAAGGAUGGAUACAUCCUGGCAACAACAUUAGAGCUAUCUAUAUUACCUCUUAUUUUGGUAAUUAAAUUUUAUGA